AUGGUCGCUCCAGCUGUCCCUGAGUUGACUGAGGAGGUUCUACACGAAUCCAUCGAUGCACGAACAGAAACCCUCGAUGCGCUGCGAGAAUUAGGCCCUCCUGAUCUCGUUCAAUUGAUCAAGCAGGCUCCAAGGAACCCGGUGAAACAGAUUGGCGUCUAUCAUCAUGUCACUGGAGUUGAUGCGUCCUCCUCCGCAAGCCUGGCAGCCUACAUCAACACUCUGACCUACAAAGAGAGCCACCAGUCCCCCACAAAAAUAGUCGAGGGCGUUUAUUGCUGUUAUAAUGCCUUCUCGCGAUUGGAUAUGCGCGUACAUGUCACCAUUCCCGGCAGCGUCGAGAGCUACUGCAUAGAUGAACGAGGCGAAAAGCGAGUGGCUUCGGACGAAUUAUGGCUGGAGACAUACCUUUGUAGUGUCCUCCGCGCAUACUCCUACGCAGAUGAUGGAAGCGGGGAUACAAUACGGAAGAUAAUGGGCGUGCGAAGAUUUAAUCCUGUCACAACUACGGAAACAGAGCACAGAUUUCUGCAAGCAGCCGAACAGUUAUUUUUCAGAGGUUGGCAACUCGGGUCCGAAUCUGUGGUCCAAGUUCCAAACAACGUCUCGAAUCACCUUACAGUUGGCCUUCUGAAAUAUUUCCAAACAACUGGACGGUUUGCUUCUGGAAUCAAUCUUUUCGAAAAGUUACGAACGCGAAACGUCGAAGUCUCUUCUCUCCUUGCAAAAGUUCUGUUCAUGGGCAAUGAGGAAGUCCAAGCAGUCAGGGUCCUGUACGAAUCCGUCAAGGCAUCACCGAUGGAUUACGUUAUGCUCGAUCUCCAAGCAGAAUUCCUGAAAAAGAAGGCCCUCGACCCCAACCAUCCCGAACUGAAAGAGGAAAGACUGAAAAUGGCUCUCGGUUGCGCAGAUAGAAGUACUAUUGCAGCGCCGAGUGAGUUUGGGACCUGGGCACGACUGGCAGAGGUUUAUGUUGCUAUGGAGGAUUGGGAAAAUGCAUUGACUACCCUGAAUUCAUGCCCGAUGUUCACAUAUCAGGAUAAGGAUGCCCCAGUUCUCCCAGAACCAAAGGAGGUCCAUCUACCGACCCUCCCCGAAACUCGGUUGGAUGAAAUCGACAGUGAGCCCGAGUCGAAAUAUGGAGAGCAAGUUCAUCCAAGUCUGUUAACUUUACGAGCUGCUCAGUACAAAGGUACAUUCAAGCAUGCAUACAGUAUUCUGACCGAGAUGACCGCAAAGAUUGGGUGGGAUCAGCUACUGAAGAUUAGGAGUAACGUGUUCGUCAUGGAGGAGGAAUACCGCAGCGAGAAGCAACCACCUGUUGGGCAGGGCGAAACUGCGAGCAAGCGGACUGCGAGCACCGAUGGACUGAGAGGAAGCCCAGGGCCUCCAGUGAAUGGCGAUGAUCAUACGGAUGAGGAGAAAAGUACUAACGGCGACUCCACAUUGGUAGCCGAGAAUGGCACGAAAGGCUCAGCAGGUGAUGACUCCGUUGAGAAGCCAUCCCAUACCAUCACACCGGAAGAAGUAAAAGGCAGUAGUGAAGAUAAUGAAGCAACUGAGGAGCAACUCUCCCGCUUCAACAACAAGCGGCUCUGCGAACGCUGGCUUGACAGUCUCUUCAUGGUCCUCUAUGAAGACUUGCGAAUUUAUACUAUAUGGCGCACUGAGAUGGCCCAGUACCGGGCCCAAUCCAUGCAGUACAAAAAGUCCGCUGAGGAAUGGGAAAUCCUGGGGUCGCUGGCUUCCCGCUUACAUCACCAAGCCGAAGCUAUUGAAGCCUAUCGCCAGUGCUUAUCCAUACGCUUCUCUCCCAAAGCCCUGGCUGGCAUCUUAGCCGGUUUUGAGAAAGAGAAGAACACCAGGGAGACAAUUGCUGCCAUGAUUAGAUUGGUGACUUGGCAAUACAGGUGGUAUUCAGAGUUUUCGCCGGAGUUGUUAUACACAAUCCGGACGCUGAUUGAGGAUGAAGGUGCAGUGAAGAUUAGGAGCAUCAUUCAGGCAACAAGCCUGCCACAGAAUGUGCUGGACUUGACGCACCAUUACGCAGCACUCUGUGCGGCAUUCAGGAGCUCGGGGACUGAGGGUUGA